AUGUAUCAGCCUAGUGAUUACGACUGGUGGAAAUCUGAUUAUGAAACAUUCGACAGUUGCCAAUUGAGACAAUAUUUCGUAACUCCUUAUUCAAAUCUAGGCUCUUGGUUUACACUUGACCAAGCGCAUGAUUAUUUUCAAUUGUUUAUAAAAGCGACCAGACGAGUAAAUAUAAUUGAAACGAAACUUGAAGAAAAUGAAACAGCUUGGGAAACUGUUUCUGUUAAUGAUGUCGAUAAUGAAAAUCCUACACAUAAUGACGACGAUAUUGAUGAUCAAUUAAAAACUGCAGAAGAAAUCAAAAAGAUUCAGGAGCUUGAUAAUCCAAAUCAUCGACUUGUUCGUCUUUGCUCAAAAUUAAAUAUUGUCGAUCAAUUACUCAAUCCUAUUAUAAGAUGUUUAUGUUCAGAAUAUUAUCUUGGUGCAUUUAAAUCACUUGAAUCUAAUCAAAUUCAAUUGACUCCAAAACAGCUCUUUUAUAUUCAUCAAUGUCCACAAUUUCUCAUUCAGCAUGAUUUCUUACAACAAGAAAACAUAAUCCGCACAUUGUAAAAAGAUACUGCGAAACAUGUGUUUAUCAGAGGACCAUUUUUGGAAAAAUUGAUUCAAGAUAUUGAACAUCUUUCAAAGCAUAGUUAUAAACCGAAUGAACAACGAUAUAGAGAUGCUGCGCAACAAAUUCGUGUUUGUACAAAUGAAGAAACAAAUGAAGUAGAAGUAUUAUUAGAUCCAAUAAUUGCAUGUUUAUCGUCAAAAUAUUAUCGUGAUGUCUAUGAAAAAAUCAUUGUUAGUUAUGCAAAAAUUUCUAAGAGUAAUCUUGCAGCAAAACAUUUAUUUUUCAUGCGCGAUUGUCCAGAAUUUCUACUUCGACAUGAUUACAAACGACAAGACGAAGUAGCUGCUUUACUUUGCAUGAAAAUGUUAAAUAAUGCUGAAUUCAUUCUCGAACAAAAUUUACCCAGUCUAAACGACAGCGAAGAAGAUGAAGAAAUAAAGAAAAAUGCUGAUAACGAAGCAUUACUUUAUCAUAUUAAACUGUUAAAUCAUUUUGCACAAAUACGAUCUACACGAAAAAACUUUUUGGAAACUAGAAUACUAGAUAAGAUUUUACAAAUUUUACAGAAUGAAACAUUAAUUCAUAGUACUAGUCGAAUCGGUGAUAUCAAAACUGUACUUGAAAAUGAUUUAGUUCAAAAAACUAUUGUAGAAGAAAAAGAAGGAAUUUUAUUUCUUACAAAAUUUGCUUGUAUCAUAUGUCCAGACGAUCCAAUAUCGGAAAAUAUUAAAAAAAUUCGACUAUCAUCUUUGACAAUUAUUUGGCAACUCUUAUCGAUAGUACCUACAUUAAGUAAGAAACUGAAAUCAAAUGAUUUAUUUAUUGAUCAUCUUCUAACAUUCAUGAACAAAAUUUCUCAGAAAGAAAAAAUGAUUCCUAGUGGCAUUAUAUGGAAAUUAGGCCAUGAAGAAACUCUUCGUCAAGAACAAGCUGAAAAAAAGAAACAACUUGAACAAGAUGAUCGUACGACAAUCGGCGAUCAAUAUGAUUCAACUGAUGCUUGGGAUGAUUCAGUUCCAUUCGAUCUCAUGAUGAGUUAUAGUGAUGAUUCCACGGAAAAAGAAGAGAUAAAAAAAUUGUUUCUUCGUGAAUCAUCGAAUCGAUUUAAUGAUGAUGGAACAGGUCACAUUGAUUGGAUGAAAUGUGAUGAUGCAGCAGCAGAACUAGCGAAAAUGUAUCGAUUUCGUCAUGCAAGUAUCGGUUGGAAAAAGAAAGAUAUUGAUCGUCGAAUGAAAUUUAUCAAAGAAGAAAUGUCUCAUACUGACAUUGAACGAGUAGGUCAAUUUCUCAAUAAUGCAGAAUCAGACCAAAAUCCUUAUUAUCUUUUGAAAGCAUAUACAGUUGAAUCGGAUUUUUAUAAAAAACUCAAUAGAGAUCUAGCUACGAAACACUUCAAUCAAGGCACCAACUCUGGUAUCAUUUAUUUCAUCGAUUUCUUCUUCAAUCAUCCCGAAUUAGAAAAAUUAUCAUUCAAGGGUAAAGUUUAUCGUGGUAUGCCUAUAACACAAGAUGAUCUUAAACAGUACGGUAUCGGAGGAAAAGUAAUGAAUAAAGCAUUUAUGUCGACAACCAAAGAUUUAGACGUAGCCAAAAACUUUGCCAAAAAUAAUCUUACCUAUCGUCAAACGGAACAUGGUACUCAAGUGAAAAUGGCUGCCCUAUGCAUCUAUGAAAUUAUUAAUGAUCGAACAGGUCUUGAUAUUGAACCAAUAUCCGAAUACGCCCUUGAGAGAGAAGUACUGGUGGGACCAUACACAGCGUUUGUAAUUACUGCGAUACGGAAAAUACGUCCAGAUUAUGUGGAAAUCGAUCUUCGUGAAUGCGAAAAAGCAAAUGACGACGACGGCGAAGAAGACGAUAACGAUGACUAG